CAGAGACAGAGACAGAGACAGAGAGAGGGAAGAGGAGAUGAAGUUUAGCCAUGAAGUUUUCCAACUGUUGCUCUUCCUUACUAUUUUGGUUUGGAGCUGUUCUGAGACUCUCUAUUGCCAUGCCCAGCGCUUAGAUCCACUUGAAGUGGAGACACUGAAGCAGAUAGGAUUAAAGCUUGGGAAGCAGUGGAACUUCAAUGUGGAUCCAUGCAGUGGUGCCUCCGGUUGGGUGGAUCCCACCACUGACAAAGAUUUUGUCAGAGCAGCCAAUGUCACAUGUGGCAAUUGCAAUGCCACUUAUUGCCACGUCAUUAGUAUCAUCCUCAAGAGGCAGAACCUUACUGGUCCACUCCCUGUCGAGUUUGCUAAUCUCAAGUCUCUCCAAUUCUUAGAUCUCACACAGAACUAUCUUGGUGGAACCAUCCCUGUACAAUGGACAUCACUCCCUCUCAGCACCCUGUCACUUCUUGGUAAUAACAUCUCUGGGAGGAUUCCGGAGGAGAUUGGUAACAUCACCACCCUCAAUAUCCUGGUGUUAGAGGAUAAUUUGUUUCAAGGCCCAAUCCCUUCGUCUCUUGGAAAACUGAUACACUUAGAACAGCUUCUUCUUUCUGCAAAUAACUUAAGUGGCGAGUUGCCAGAGUCUUUGGGGAAGCUUAAAAAUUUGACCUAUUUCCGAAUUGAUGGCAACCCUAUCUCUGGAAAAAUUCCCAGCUUGAUUGCCAAUUGGACAAAGAUCCAGUACUUAGAAAUGCAAGGCACCUCCUUGGAAGGGCCUUUUCCACCCAGCUUUUCCACAUUGGAAAAUUUAUCUGAACUGAGGGUAACUGACUGGAAGGGAGGUGAUGGCAAGUUUCCGCCUUUAGAGAACAUGAAAGGAAUGACAAGAUUGGUUCUGCGGAACUUAUCAAUAUCUGGUGAACUGCCUGAGUAUAUUGGGGCUAUGGCAAAUCUCAAAUUCUUAGAUUUAAGCUUCAAUUUCUUGACUGGGCAAAUUCCAAACAAUUAUAGCAGCCUACAAAGUCACAUUGAUUUUAUAUACCUUACCAAUAACAAUCUCAGUGGAGCAAUACCAGAUUGGAUCGUGACCACCAGAAAGCAAUAUGUUGAUAUAUCUUACAACAGUUUUAAUGGCUCCAAUGCACCACCUGACUGUCUUCGGGGGAGUAAUUUAAAUGUGGUUUCGAGUUAUUCAUCCUCAAAUAAUAAGCUGCUUGCAUCAUGUUUGAGGAGGAACAACCCUUGUCCAGGCAAAGCAAUAAAUUACAACUUGUUCAUUAAUUGUGGUGGCCCCUCUCUGACCAUCGGUGAUGAUGAGUACCAAGGUGACACAGACACAGAAGGUCCCUCAUAUUACAAUUCCUACAAUGACAAAUGGGCUUAUAGUUCUACUGGGAGCUUUGUCCACAAUGACAAUGAACCAUUCCUUGCAAACAAUGUGUCAGUUUUGACCAUGGUUGAUGCAGAAUUAUACACAACUGCUCGUCUCAGUCCCCUCUCUCUUAAGUACUAUGGCCUCUGCCUUCAGAAUGGAAAUUAUACAGUUAAUCUACACUUUGCUGAGAUUAUGUUCACUGAUGCUGGGACUUACUUUAGCGUGGGAAGGCGCUUCUUUGAUGUAUCUAUCCAGGGAAAGAAAGUUUUGAGGGACUUUAAUAUUGCAGAAGAAGCUAAUGGGACUGGGCGAGCAAUUAUCAAGAGCUUCACUGCUAAUGUAAGUGACCAUACUCUGGAGAUUCACUUUCAAUGGGCUGGUAAAGGCACCAAUGCUGUUCCAGAGAUAAAUGUGUAUGGGCCAUUAGUUUCAGCUAUUUCAGUUACACCCAACUUUGAGCCCGUCAUUGAAGGAAACAAUACGAAAGAAAAGGUAUCUACUGGGGCUAUUUUGGGUAUUGUAGCUGCUGGUUGUGUGCUGAUAGUACUGAUCUCCAUAUUCAUUUGGUUUUGCUUGAGAAGAAAAUACGCUGCAAAUAACGAACUUCAAGGUGUGGAGUUGCAGACUGGAUACUUCACUUUGAGACAGAUCAAAGCCGCAACCGGGAACUUUGAUGCUGCAAACAAAUUAGGAGAAGGUGGUUUUGGGCCUGUUUACAAGGGUGUCUUGCCGGAUGGUUCAGCAAUUGCUGUCAAGCAACUUUCUGCAAAGUCAAGGCAAGGAAAUCGUGAAUUUAUAAAUGAGAUAGGCAUGAUAUCUGCUUUGCAGCAUCCCAAUCUCGUCAGACUUUUUGGUUGUUGCAUUGAAGGAAACCAGUUGUUGUUGAUUUAUGAAUACAUGGAAAACAAUAACCUUGGGAAUGCUCUCUUUGGCCGUGAAAGAGAGCAGCUAAAUUUGGAUUGGAAAACAAGGUGUAAAAUUUGCCUUGACAUUGCUCGAGGAUUGGCAUAUCUCCAUGAGGAAUCAAGGUUGAAGAUUGUUCAUAGAGACAUUAAGGCAGCUAAUGUGCUGCUUGAUAAGGAUCUCAAUGCGAAGAUAUCUGAUUUUGGUUUGGCUAGACUCUGUGAAGAAGAUGGAGACAAAACCCAUAUAAGCACUCGGAUUGCAGGAACUGUAGGAUACAUGGCCCCUGAAUAUGCCAUGAGAGGUUACUUGACCGACAAAGCUGAUGUCUACAGCUUUGGCGUAGUCAUGCUGGAGAUCAUCUGUGGACUAAGCAACACGCACACAUACAGGACAAAGGAGGAUUUUAUAUAUCUUCUUGACUGGGCCUUAAUUCUACAAGGGCAAGGUGAGCUGCUUGACCUUGUUGACAAAAACCUAGGUGAGAACUACCCAAAGGAAGAGGCAUUGCAGAUGUUGAAUUUGGCUCUCACAUGCACCAAUUCUUCGCCAUCUCUCAGACCGACAAUGUCCACCGUGGUAAGCAUCCUCGAUGGCAAGAGCACUUUACCGAUCUCAUCCAUGAAUCCCUCGGCCUCGAGCAGCGGUGCUCCUAGGUUCCAGCUCUUUGAGAAAUGCUUUGAUGAUAGCCAGUCAGCCGAUGCAUCAAUCGAUGCACCAUGGUUAGAUUCCUCGGUGUCUCAGCAAAGUAGUCAAGAUGAAAACACCAGGCCGACAAGCAAACUUCUGUCUGAUUCCUCAAACAGCUCCUUUGAUGUUGAGACACAGAGAAGAUACCCAAAGAGAAAUUCAACAGCAACCUUCUAAAGCAACUGCAGUGUAAAACCAAGUAUGUUAUAGUACAGUCUUGAUUCCAAAAAAUAACAUGUUAGAAUUUGACUUUACCUAAUUUCCAUUUGUAAUUAGAUUCCAUAUUCCUUUAUUUAUCACAAAGUUUAUCUGUCAACAACCCUUCUACUUGUUUGUAUUCUCUGAUUUUUAUGUCAUCCAAUUAGGCAUGGUGUUCCGUCCAACAUGACUCUUUGAAAGAAACGUAUAACAAACUACCAUUUGGUUCCA